UUAAUGUUGUUUUUCUAAAAUUAAACAUUUGAAGUUCCACUGUCUGAAUUUGAAGAGAUGCAAUGGGAAUCUCAACUCAUCUUUUCAACCUCUUGCUUUUCAUUCUACUAACUUCUCAUUCAUCCUUUGCCGAGGUCUUUUUCGAAGAGAAAUUCCAAGAUGGGUGGAAAAGUCGUUGGGUGUUGUCUGAUUGGAAAAGGAGUGAAGGAAAAGCAGGUACCUUUAAGUAUACUGCUGGAAAAUGGCCUGGAGAUCCUGAUGACAAAGGUAUUCAGACCUAUAAUGAUGCCAAGCAUUUUUCCAUAUCGGCAAAGAUACCAGAGUUGACCAAUAAGAACAGAACCCUGGUGCUUCAGUAUUCUAUUAAAUUUGAGCAGGAUAUUGAAUGUGGUGGUGGUUACAUCAAACUUCUUUCUGGUUAUGUUAAUCAGAAGAAGUUUGGCGGUGAUACUCCUUAUAGUUUGAUGUUUGGACCGGAUCUAUGUGGCACACAGACAAAGAAACUCCAUGUUAUAUUGUCAUACCAGGGGCAGAAUUAUCCCAUUAGAAAGGAUUUGGAGUGUGAAACAGACAAAUUAACUCAUUUCUAUACAUUCAUUCUAAGGCCUGAUGCCUCUUAUAGUGUCCUUGUUGAUAAUCGAGAAAGAGAUUCUGGAAGCAUGUACACGGAUUGGGACAUCCUUCCUCCAAAAAAAAUCAAAGAUGUCAAGGCAAAAAAGCCAGCAGACUGGGAUGAUAGAGAGUACAUUGAGGACCCUAAUGAUGUCAAACCAGAGGGAUAUAAUUCAAUUCCAGCUGAAAUCCCCGAUCCAAAAGCGAAGAAGCCUGUUGACUGGGAUGAUGAAGAUGAUGGACUUUGGAAAGCCCCAAAAAUUCCUAACCCAGCAUACAGAGGACCGUGGAAACGAAAGAAAAUCAAGAACCCCAACUACAAAGGAAAGUGGAAGACUCCAUGGAUUGAUAACCCAGAAUUUGAGGAUGAUCCUGAUCUUUAUGUGCUGAAACCAAUCAAGUAUGUGGGCAUUGAAGUGUGGCAGGUGAAGGCCGGUUCAAUUUAUGACAACAUCUUAAUUUGUGAUGACCCACAGUAUGCAAAGCAAGCUGUGGAAGAAUAUAUGAUUAAUAAUAGAGAGGCCGAAAAAGAAGCUUUUGAAGAAGCAGAGAAAGAAAGAAGGGCUCGAGAAGAAGAGGAGGCACAAAGGGCAAGAGAAGAGGGCGAAAAAAGGAGGAGAGAGAGGGGCAGUAGAUACGGAGAUAAGAGGCGUCGUAGAAGGUCGGAUCCCCACGAAUACAUGGACGAUUACGAACAUGAUGAACUUUGAAAUGGGCAAUGUGAGGGGGUAGUUGGACACUGCAUAAUUGCUGCAGCAAUCUUCAAUUUAAUGCCAAUUAUGAAGUUUGAAAUUUUUAGUGUUUUGUGAAUUUUAGGACCAGAGUAUGAAUUGUGCACUAACCAUAACUAGUUUACCAACCAAGUUGAAAUGAGCAUAUCAGUCAUUAUGUCAACUUUAUUUCUUUUGUGUAAGAACAAAUCUGCCCCUUCUGCCUAUUAUUAUAAGAUUUGAUUAUAAGAUUC